AUGGGAAUCCCGUCCUUCUUUAGGUGGCUAGCAGAACGUUAUCCUCUGAUUUGCGAGUCUCAAUACGUUACAACGUCCGACAAGGGCGACGCCUUCAAGCUGCUAAAGUCGCCCGAGACCUUCAAGGAUAGUUUUAACGAACCCCUCUUCACAUAUAGACCUCCAGAUGGUUUUGACAAUUUGUAUUUGGACGUUAACGGGAUAGUGCACAACUGCUCUCACAGUAUCGCAGACCUCUGCCAAAAUAUAACCUCUGAGGAUGAUAUAUUCGUGUCGAUAUUCCAAUGUAUCAUAAAUUUAGUAAACAUAGUGCGUCCAAAGAGUCUCUUGUAUUUGGCAGUGGACGGUGUGGCCCCCAGAGCGAAAAUCAUUCAACAGAGAGAACGUCGAUUCAGGUCGGCAUCGGAGGCGACGAUACAGCAGCUGAUUCUCGAAUCACUGACAGAACUGGGGGACCAGGACGAGGACACACAAGGGGAGGAAACACAGAAGGAAGAAUUCAAGUUCGACCCGAUCCAAAUCACGCCCGGAACGGCCUUCAUGGAGCGUCUGACCACGAGGCUGCAGUUUUUCGCCCUAAAGAUGAUCAACGAAAACGAGCUGUGGAGGAACCUGAAGAUAGUGGUGAGCGGCUCCGAAGUACCCGGAGAGGGAGAACACAAGAUUAUGGAGUAUAUCAGGAACGACAAAGCUAGGCGCCACGCAGAGUUUGAAUCGGAAGUACAUAGGAGGGAACCCGGGGAUACUCCGCACAUUUCACACUGCGUAUACGGGCUCGACGCGGACCUCAUAGUGCUGUCGCUAGCAACGCACGAACCGUACAUCUGCCUGCUGCGCGAGCAGGUGGUGUUCGGGCACAUGAAAAACUCAUCAAAGCUGAGAAUGAUGGUUAACAUGAACAGCUACAUCAUGGACAGAGUAGUUGACGACUUCGUAUUCCUGACGUUCUUCGUCGGAAACGAUUUCCUGCCACACCUGCUGCUGGCGAACAUACCGGAGGGAGGCCUGAACGAACUCCUGCAAAUAUACAGAGAAUAUUUGGACGAGUCGUUCAAGUCAGGGCCAAGUAGCACGGCCGUAGGCAAUCACCAGAACACAUUGCCGCAAAGGAACGCUCGAGACCCAUGGCUGACGUGCAACUGCGGAGAAGUCAACUUUGACAACCUUAUGAUAUUUUUCACGAAGUGGGCAAAAUACGAAAAUUUCAAAAUACAAAAUUAUCUGACUAACGAAAUAGUGUCGAGGACGAGUAGCAAGAACCAAAACACAAACAACAACAAAGUAGUCAGUUUUAACAGCAACAGAGUAGUGAUGAGUCACUCAGUGGUGGACCACAGCAAACACAGCUCACUGAUAACAGUGAUCGACGUAAAAAACUGUAAAAUAGAGACGGACCUGUCCGACUUUAUAAGCAAGUACCCGAAUGAGCCGACGACACUCCUGGAUUACAAAAACAGGUACUACUUAGCGAAAAUGGGAAUUUCGAAUCAGCUGAUCAAGUGUGACAUGAGCUCAGUCAACUCUAGGAGGUACGUGCUGGAAAACGGAAGGAUCGUCGUGCUGACGCCGCUACUAUCGCAGGUGCUGGACAUCAAGUUCGACAAGGGGAAGCCGAUAACGCCCUAUGAGCAGCUGAUGCUGGUUCUUCCGCGACAAUCAGCACACUUCCUGCCUAGUGUGUUCAGCGCCCUCAUCACGGAGCAGGAGUCACCGCUGCACCAGUACUACCCGAUCCACUUCGACGUGGACAUGGACAACACGAAAGUGCCCUGGGGAGGGAUCACGCUCCUGCCGUCAGUGCCGUAUUCGCUGAUGCUGCAGUGCAUGAACAGGGCGCUGAGCAAGAACAGAGGGGAUUUGCACGACGGAAAGAACUACACGAACGGAGUGAUUAAGGGGAAGCAGGGACACGAAAAGAACACGAAGCUAUCGCCGAGGACACCCAUGAUGAGUCACGCUGAAAACGGGGAGAUGGAGCUCCUGUACCAGUGCAGCAACAUGCUCACGGAGGAGGAAAAGGACAGAAACAAGUUUGGACUGGCCAGGAUAUACUCGUACGACCCGAAGGUGAGCAAGCAAGUGCAUUCGCCGUUUAAAAUCUUCGAUGACAUACCGGAGUCAAAGGUGCUUUGUAGCCCCUUCUUCAACCCGUCCCUGAAAAAACUGCACUUCCCAAACACGAUGAUGCUGCCGAAGACGGGAAGCCACCUCCGGAAAAACUUCUGGUUCCCAGGACUGGGCUCGCUCCCAUACCGAACGAUUAUCAAGCGAGGAGUGGACGUGUUCAACAGCAAGUCGCGGCACCCGAGCGUGUACAUCAACAUCUUCCAGAGCCUGAACAACACGGCGCUGUCGAACCUGCUGAAGUGCACGAGCACUACGUACCUAUCAGUGGGAUACCCGUACAAGCACUUCGGAAAGCUGAUGUCGAUACACACGCCGUACGUUAAGUUCGAGGACAACAAGCUCACGACGAGUGACCCGACAGCGCUAAAGGACUCGAUCUCGAAAAUAGACGCAGAAUUGGACAAGAUGGGCCUGAUAGUGGGCUACAAGAGCCAAGCGCGCAACUAUAACCCGAAGAUCCUGGACCAGAACAGCCACAUCCUGCUCAAGAUGUUCCAGAACAUGCAAGGAGGGAAGUACAGGCCCUCAAUGAAAACAUUGAAGGAAGGGAGGAUGCUGGGCCUGGACCACCUGUGCGAAAACGUGGUCGUCAAGUACGUGGUGCUCGACAAAAACCUGCAGGAGACGAAGAUGGUGAAGGAGGUGUUGCUGCCCAUGGUUAACUUUGUGGACCACCCGGAGAAGAUAACCAGUCUGCUGGUGACGCACGAGGACGACCACAAGGAAAAGGUGAGGAAGGAAAUGCUCUCACUGCAGCAGGAGCUGAGGAUGCACGAAAUGCUCCACGGCAAGUUCGACAAGCCUAAGAUAAAGGCGGUGUGCAUGAUGCAUGGCAACCUGUACGGGAAAGUGGGACUGAUCGAAAACGUGGGGCACACGUUCGACACAGUUACCGCCAUAUUCAGGCUGCCCAACAUAAAGCUGACGAUAGGAGAGACGGGGCUUACGGAGUUUAAGAAGUACGUGGAGCUGCAAAGGAGGCUGGAGGACCACAAGAUAAACUGGUACACCUUCGAGAGGAUAUGCAAAAUGGCGAAGCUGUCGCCGCAGGCGGCCGCAGCGCUGUUCCAGAAGGUGAUGAUCACAGACCUGAAGGCGGACAUCGGGAUGAACCUGGUCUACUACGACAAGGACGUGGAGGACCCGCUGUGCCUGCCAGGGUACACACAGCUCGCGCCCACGUACCUGAGCGAAGUGGACCCGGUGUACAUGGUGCGCUACUCAGGCGACUGCGUCGAACUCAUCAACAACUACCGCGACAAGUUCCCGGAGCUCUUCGAGUUCCUGGAGCGGGUCGACGUGAAUCACGAGAAUAGGCCGCUGGAGAUGACCGAGAUAUACCCGCACCUAUCGGAGGAACAGGCGCGAUUUAAGCUGGGGCGCAUCAACAAGUUCUGCGACUCGCAGCCCUUCAGGCGUCUGAAGCUGACUCAGGGGAACUACACCUGCAUGACCAAGAACCAGAUCCAGAUCGUGGUGGACUACCAGAACGAGUGCAGCAGGGUUGCAAAGGAGGCCGGCGCGGAGGGAGAAAAGGACGUGAAGAUGGUGAGGGUGAGUCACAUGAGGAACCUGCACAUACCGGCCUACAACACCAAGGCAAUAAGGUACGACCUGGCGAACGUGUUCCUGGGGCAGGUGGUGGUCUACAUAAGUCACAAUGAAAAGGUCCCCAUCGGCUCCAGGGGAGUGGUGGUGGGCAUAUACCCGAACGACUCGUCCUCCGAGGGGGAGGCAGACCAGCACCAGAGCAACGGCGCCCGGGGGGACCUUAGGGGCCCCAAGGACAGCUCGAAUAUGACCCUGGAGGUGGUUUUGGACGAGGACUGCCUCUCAGCCUCGGACCUGUUUGGGCGCUGCAAGAAGAUGAGGGGCAUCUUCGUGGGCCUCACCGACGUGGUCUUCCUCUACCAGCAGGACCUGCUGGACCCGGAAGUCUACACGAGGGUGUACUCGAGACAUGACAGAAACAACGCAGACUUUGUUAGUUACGUCUAA